AUGGCCCGACUCAAUGAUGAGAGUCAUUUCAUCCCGGAGGGCCACCGCCACCCAUCCGACCAAAUCCUAAGUCCACAACCCUGCGCCCCUCCCACCAAGGAACACCAUCUACUAUCCUCAUACGAGACAUCCCACCUCGACAACACCUCAAACACCCUCACCGAGGACGACCAAAUGUCUCGAGACUAUGCCUACCCCUCGUCUUCAUCCCCAUCAACCAGAAACUCAACCAGCGACAUCUUCAGCCAAGACAUGGCCGACACCGAACUAGACCUCGACCACCUGAAAUCACGAGCAUCAAGUCGCUCCUCCUUCUCCUCCCUCCCAGCCUCAGUCCUAAUUCACCCCCUGGAAAAACUCCCCUCAAUGCGCUCCAUGAACCCGCACGAGAAAAUGGCCGCAGCAUACACCCACACCCUCGAAGACGACGAAGCCCGCUUCGGCGGCUUCGACGACCACCCAAGAACCACAACCAUGAACGUGAACAUGAACAAUAUCCGCACAAUCCGCCAACGCGAAGGCGCAUUCCGAAAGCCUAGCUCCGUCCGCGCUAUGCAAAUGCACACAGAAGAUGAAGCCGACGACGACGAGUAUCUCACCCCACCGCGCCGACGCGGGGGUCUACGGUCCCCUGGCUCAUCGCCAUUAAAGCGAUCACCCUACUACUCCCCCACGACCGGAAAGGCCCCACCAAAGCCAAAGAAAGAGUAUCCGCUUGUGCUGCUGCAUUGUAAUUUGCUUGCGCCGUCGUUGCCGGUGGCUGGGGCGUCGCUGCCGCGGAAUCAGGGCAUUGUUGAGGAAAUGCUGCCGGUUGAGUAUUGGAAGCGGUGGCGGCGUUUGCAGGAGAAGGUUGGGUCUGGGGUUACGCGAGAUCGGGGCGUUUUGAUUUCGCAUCCAGAGGAUUUGUAUGAUAUGCUUGAGGAGCGAUUGUUGGAGAGUCUUGAGUUGCAGCGGGCGAGGCUUCAUCAGGGGCAUUUCCUCGGCGGGGAGGAGAGGUAUCACGGUGGGGAGGGGGAUGAGGAUGGGUCUGAGAGGGGUGAUUAUGAUGAAUAUUGCUCUGAUCGGGAGGAGAGUGAGACGGAUGGGGAGCAAGGGGAUGAAUGUCCUGAUUGUGGGGGUCGAGUGCAGAAGCAUGAUAGUAACCGCAAGUGGGAGAUUCGUGUUUUUGCGGCGAAUGGGCUUAUGCGUGCGGGGGCUUGGGCGGCGGCUUGGAAGGAGAUGGAGAAGGUUGAUGUUGAGGUUGGGCUUUGGUUACCGUCUGAUGUGCGGAGGUCAUUGGAGAAGAGACUUGCCGAAGAACAGGCUGUUCUGAAGGAAGAUUUUGAUUCUCGCUCGACCUUUGAUCCGACGCAGAACUAUAUCGAUCCUAGACGCCUGUCCAUUCAGAGUCAUUCGAGGACUGGCAGUGAUCCCAGAUCGUUCCAGGCGAGCCCUCCGCCGAAGCCUGUGCCCGUGGCUAUGCGCAUGGAUAUCGAGUCCGAUGAACGGACAUUGCAGCCCGAAGCCCGAAUCGAGAAAGUCGAUGAGUCCAAGAAGGAAACGAAACAACCUCAAAUUGCUCUGCAGACCCUACUUAUCAACUACAUCCGCGUGUUGGCCGGUGAUAGGCGCAACAUCGCACUUGUCUUGAUGAGUAUACUGGUGGUAUUCCUCGCCAUUGGUGCUCGCCCAGAACUGCCUCAAUCCGUCUUGCACGUAUUCCCGCCGGACAACGUUGCCUUUGAUAACGCGCCAAAUGUGAUGGUUGAUAAUUCAGUCAUCCGGGCUUCUCCUGCCAGCUUCUCCGAGGAGGCCGGCUUUACCUCGAUGCUAGCUGCCUCGGUAUCAGCGCCUGAAUCGAUUGUUGCCUCUGCUGAAGCCUCGCUUCCAUCGCAGGUAGAGGAAGUUGCCUCUCCAUCUCUCGCUGACUCUCAGGAGACCCCAGCUGAUUCUGAGCCUGUUGCCUCAUCAAUCGAAGAGCUUCCUCCCCCCCUCUCGCCAACCCAAGUGAGACACCGGUCGAGCCUGGGCCUGUUGCUACAGAAACAGUGGCACCGCCUGCAGAUGCUGAAGAAGCCUCUGCUAUCGAAGAAGAAGAAGAGCUAUUUUCUACCUCAGCAUCUGAAAUUGAAGGAAAAGGCCCAUCUUCGACCUCAACGCCUGAAAUUGAAGAAACUUCCACCAGUCUGGAGUCCCUUCCGUCCGAAUCAGCAUCAUCGAGCUCUUCGGUAG